AGCUUCCAUUUCUUGCAAGCUCUGCUCUGUUUUCUUGCUUCGCCAUGAAUUCUUCUUGCCCUCCUUCAUCUCUUCUCCAUCUUCCAACCAGAGUUCUUCUUCUUCGUCUUGUUCCUUUCAUUGUUUUGUGUUCAAGUGGCUUUUUAGUGCUUGCUUCAGCAGAUAAGGAGCCCGAGCCCGGGGCCGGCGACCACGUCCCCGUCCCUCCCGUCCGUGGAAACGUGUUCACCGUUGUCCGGCGCGGCGCAGAAGCGGAUGACCAGGAAGAUGAUGCAAAGGCGUUCCGGAGAACUUGGCAAGAGGCAUGCAGCGCCGAAGGGCCAUCGACAAUGCUGGUUCCAUUGGGAGAGGCCUUUCGAGUGGCUCCUACAAUUUUUGAAGGCCCCUGCUCCUCCCCCAUCCACGUUCAGAUUUCUGGGAAUUUGGUAGCCCCAAAUAGCAUCGAUGCGUGGGAUGACGAGGAGGUGAAUUAUUGGCUCACUUUCAAGAACAUUCAGGGCUUGACAAUCUCCGGCGACGGCACGAUCAACGGCCAUGGCUCAACAUGGUGGGCUAAAUCAUGCAAGACCGACCCUCGCAAUCCUUGUGGACAUGCUCCAUCGGCAAUUACUAUCAGUGGGUGCACUUAUGUUAGGAUAUCCAAUCUAAGCUUAGUCAAUAGCCAGAGGAUGCACCUCAACGUUCAGGACAGCUCCAACGUCUUAAUCUCCAAUAUUACCAUACUGGCGCCCGGCAACAGCCCGAACACAGACGGCAUACACCUGCAUGCUUCACAGAACGUCUACAUUGAUCGGUGCACUAUCAGAACAGGCGACGACUGCAUUUCCAUUGUUACUGACUCUUCCAAUAUUGUAAUGACAAACAUUGACUGCGGACCCGGCCAUGGCAUAAGCAUCGGAAGUCUAGGGGCAGAUGGCAAAACGGCGGCUGUGGAAAACAUACAUCUGAAGAAUGCAACCUUCCAUGGAACAACAAACGGUGUCCGAAUCAAGUCAUGGCAGGGCGGCCAUGGAUAUGCGAGGAACAUCCUGUUCGAGCAGCUUAAAUUCAUAAACGUUUCAAAUCCAAUAGUAAUUGAUCAAUACUAUUGUGAUUCUCCUCAUCGAUGUGCAAACAAGACAUCAGCUGUGCAGGUAAGGAAUGUGGCCUACAUCGGUGCGUCGGGCACAUCCAAUACUGAAACUGCAAUCAAAUUGGCAUGCAGUGAGACUGUUAGUUGCAAAAGCAUCUUCCUCAAAGAUAUUAACAUAUCAAGAACAGCUGAAGGAAGAGAAACGACAUCUUACUCACUGAAUGCCAAGGGCACCACCUGCGGCACUGUUCUCCCGCCAUUGCGAUUCCCCUCUCUUGCAAUCGACAUGGUCCACACCGAGCCUAGCACUACACCAACAAUGGCUUCCCGCCAUUUCGUUCGCCCAAGAAAAUCCAUUUACCAGCCUCACCUUGCUAUCCCCCAGUCCGUGGCUCCUCUCCCCGCUACCUUUACACUUCCUGCAGCCAUGGCCCCCGACGGUGGCAUCCCAUUCCCACCAACUAUGGCUACAACUGAACGCGGCCCCUUCCUCACUACUGUGGCGCCUGCUAAUGAACCUCCCCAUGGCAUCUCGCAGGCAAGGCCUUACAAUCAUCCGAACCAUGGAAACCCAGGCCAGGCUCCUAGCAGAACGCCAAGAUUGAACCCUCGCCAUUUUGUUCACCGAAGAAUGAUCCGAUCACACUUAGCCAAUCCCCGGGAUCAACCUCACCAUGCUAUCCCCCGAAGCCGUGGCUCAUGA